CUUCGAAGGACGGGCGUUGACCUUGUUGGUGAGCUGUGGCCAGAAAGGCACCAGGUCUGCUUUUGGUUUUCUUUUGGCGACUUCAAAAAGCCUGAGCUCCCCCGUCCUUUGAGUUACUUUCCAACUCCUCGAGAACCACAAGCAGACUGAAGUUGGCCAACCUCCUAGAAGCGUUCACUCCCUCAGCCCGCAACUAUCAACAGCCAUCGCGGGAAGACUUACCAGCUCCAGCAAGCUCCCUGACAAAUCGACAUCAUGAGCGAAAAAAGCCCAUCAAGAAGGCCCGGACAAGGUUCCUUGGAGCGCUUCUCAUCUACAGUCACCGAAAACAAUUCCAAGGACUACAUGAGCGGUUCACCCACCAUGGAAAACCGCCAGAUAUCGGGAGUUAGCGUCACCUUCGGUCCUGGCAUGGAGGUCUACGAGGUCAAGCCAGAGAUGGCUCACCUCCCUUACUACAAAGCAGAGUCCAAGAGGGUCAAUGUGUACUGGGGCAGACAAUUCCUUAAGUACACCAUCAAGAUGAACCAGGAUCCGUCAAGUCUCCUCACUAUCCAUACUCUGUUUCUGUCUGGAGAGAUCAAGGUCCGCGGCAAGCUGGUCACCACCCAGUAUUUUUCUUCCGGUCCUGGUUCCGGGACACUCGAACUCUUGGAGCUUCCACCAAGUGUACUGUUGGCAGAGAUCACGAGCGAAAUUCCUCCGGAGCUCUUGAGGGGUGCGCAGUGGACUACGAAACAGCCAAAGUUCAUAGACAGCUGUGCUCUGAGAGCUGUACUUUUGCUAUUUACGAAGCUUGGUCCUCUCAAAGAGCAAGAAGUUGAGACUUUGCCGACCAUGAUGAGAGUGUCGGCCUUGUUUCAGAACGAGAAUGACGCCAGGAGAGCUGUCGAGGUUCUCAAUCAGUCACCACUGCCGUUAGACCCGCAGCAAAUGCUAAUGGCUAGACUGGAGUAUGAAAUGGUGUUCAAGGGUCCAGAAAAAUGGGUUCAGAACAUUCUUGAACAGCUUCUGAGUAAGGCCUCCUUUGCCAGAAACACUCACCAGAUGAAGCUUGUCCAAUCACUCGACGAUGAACCACACUUCAGCCUCAGCGGAGAGAGCCGUGAAGUUCUGGUCGAGGCAAUGGAGUGGGUACGCCAGUUCCCCGUCUACGACCAAAUUCACGAGGACAGGUUAAGCCCCGGGGGCUUUAUCACAGCAGACGAGUGCUGUGUGAUAUGUGGUGAUACGGCAGAGUCACCCGUAAUCACUCAGUGCAAACAUGUCUACUGUGGUAAUUGCUUCCACAACCUCUGCUCGAGCACCUUUUCGAUAGGGAGCUGGCGCAAUCGGGUCGUCUGUCAGGCGCCCAAACCAUCGAGUACCUCCACAGUACUCGACAAUUCCAUUUGUGGCCGCACUCUUGGCCUUCCAGAGAUCCAGACAAUGGUCAAAACCAAUUCCUUUGAACGUCUCCUCACUGCCUCGUUCAAAUCGUACGUCCAGGGCCGUCCACACAGAUUGCAGAAUUGUCCCACCACCGACUGCGACUACGUCUACGUCGUCCCUGAACCCAACGACAAUCUCGUCACAGCACCGCACAUCACCUGUCCCCAUUGCCUCGUCGACAUCUGCACACGCUGCCAGAAAGGCCACGCAGCCAGAGGAAUGACCUGUCUCGAGUUCCAAGAUCAUCUAGCGCAUGGGGAACACUCGAUGGCCCUCGCCAAAGCAGAACAGGGCAUUCAAGACUGUCCGAAAUGCACGAUCCCCCUUGUUAAAGUCCAAGGGUGUAACCACGUCACUUGUCCGGUAUGCCACACCCACUUGUGCUGGUUAUGCUUAGAGAUGUUUGAAGGGGAAGAUGCCGCAGAGCGCGUGUAUCGCCAUUUGGUUGUGAUGCAUGAAAGGAUCUUUGAUGAGGGUGAUGAGGAUGAAUAUGAUGAAUAUGAGGAUGAUCUCGAUGAUGAUGAUUUUGAUGAGGACCUCGGUGAUGAUGAUGAUGAUGAUGAUGAGGAUCUCGAUGAUGAUCAUGAUGAUGAUGAUGGCGACGACGGCGGCGACGAUGACGACAACAUCGACUGGGAGCAAGAAUAUGGGUUUGGAGGUCCAGAAGCUGCACCCGUGCUGGUUCAUCUCGUACAACGUCUUCUUCGUUUGUAUCGACAAGCUUUCGGACAGCUUCGGCGUGAGCAGAGGCAAGCUGAAGAGCAGCGCAGAAACAUGGGGAACGCUGCUGAUCCGAAUUUGAUCGAGGAGGGCCAGGGCGAACAAGCGGAUACCGGACAAGAGAACGACAGGGACAAUAGCGAGGAUGCGGAUGCGAACGGAAACAACGCCGCUAGCCAAGAGGACAUUGAGGUCGAAGACGAAAAAGUUGCUCUUCCGCUCCAGGGAGCUCCAGAAGCAAUAGAUCAAGAAGUAUGGUUAGAGAGAGUUGCUGCUCUGGAAAAUAUUAGGUUGUUCCGACGGAUGGUUUGGCUAGAACGUGAGCUAUUUGAGGAACAACGAGUGCAACCUCAUCAACAGGAGAGGAGGAAUUGGGAAGAGGUAGUGCAACCUCCACGAUUGUGGAGGGAUUGGGAAGAGAUAGUGCAACCACCACCACAACAGAGGAUGGAUUGGGAAGAGAUCGAUGUCAUUGUCCCUGACAUUGUCUACGACUUUGACUUUUUCGUUUGGCUUUGCUUCUUUAUAGUCGGAUUCUUGUGCAAGUCUAUACAGCAAUUGGCCUUGUUUGCUUUAUACGUGUAUUUAUCAGUCAUUUUGGCAAUCUUUUCUCUUGCUGAGAUGGCGGCCGCUGGGCUCGUUGCUUUUUUGUUGCGCGUGGUUUUUGCGGUCUUUGUGGUGUUGCCCUUGGUGGCUUUGGGCGCGAUCCCUAUAGGGAUAUCUACAGUGCAACUUGAAGAACUAGAUCUAGAAGUAGGGUAGGUAGG